AUGAUCCCGCGCGACGAGGAAAAUCCUGUUCAGUGGAUCGAACUACCGGUGGAAAUGCUAAAACGUACUCCGUUGGAAGUAAGUUUAAUAAAAAAAGGCGAUGGUGUGAAUUUGGAACAACUAAAUGAUACAGCUGAAAAGAAGCUAAAAAAUAAGUGUGAAAAAGAAGAUGAAGAUGAUACAUUAUUUAAUGUAGAUCCUUUGAUGCCUGAUAUGGAUUUACCAUCUCUUCGUUUAAAUACCAAAACGGAAUGA